CAGCCGCACGGGACAGAAUAUACCAAGCCCCAUCAAUAUCUUCGUCGUCGUCGCCAGCAAGAUGGUCAACAUUCCCAAGACGCGGAGGACAUACUGCAAGGGCAAAACAUGCAAGAAACACACGCCUCAUAAGGUGACUCAGUACAAGAAGGGCAAGGAUUCCCUCUUCGCACAGGGAAAGCGUCGUUACGACCGAAAGCAAAGUGGUUAUGGUGGUCAGACCAAGCCCGUCUUCCACAAGAAGGCCAAAACGACGAAGAAGGUUGUGCUACGCCUGGAAUGCACCGUGUGCAAGUACAAAAUGCAACUAACUUUAAAGCGUUGCAAACACUUCGAGCUUGGUGGUGAGAAGAAGACAAAGGGUGCUGCCCUCACUUUCUGAGUGUUCUGUUGUCGUUGUAUUCUUUUUCCUGCAUCUCCGCCUAUCAUACUGCUACGAUGUAAGCGCAAUAUGAGAUAUGCUCUACAUGAUGCCUAUCGCGUGAAUUAAGGCUACUCAAAGUAAUGCCAUCAACUGAUGCUCUUUUCUUGACGGUGACUUUUCCAUACUUGCCUGCGCCAUGGCUGUACAGGAUGGUCUGGAUGCUGUUAUGGGAAGGGAUGUGACU